AUGGAGAACAACAACAACAAUAAUGUCGAUUAUUUACAAUUUCAGUCCGAGCCGUCGGGAAGACACAAGGGAAAGAAACAUAUAAUUAUUGUGGGGGCCGGUAUAAUAGGUGUUUGUACAGCCUAUUUUGUCGUCAAGCAUCCAAAAUUUGAUCCUGCAAAAUACCACAUCACAUUAAUUGAAAGCAAACGAGUGGCGGGAGGAGCUAGUGGAAAGGCUGGUGGAUUGCUUGCUUUGUGGGCGUUUCCCGAGCAAAUUGUAUCCUUGUCAUUCAACUUGCAUCAAAGCUUGGCUAAUGAAUAUAACGGUGCAGAGGAGUGGGGGUACAGGCGAUUGACCACGGUGUCAUUAGAAGGAGAUAUAUCCAGAGUCAAGGACUUUGAUGAUGAAGAAAAAGAGGAUAAUGUUGUGGAUGGAAGUAACAUAUUCAAGGACAGCUUUAGACAAGCAACUGCUCAUGAUAGUGACUCUUCUUCAUCGACUAACGAGAAACCGCCUAAAAAGACAGCUAGGAAUACGAGGUCAUCAUCAAUUGUGCAGUUGGAUUUCUCAAAAAACAGUCUUCCGUCAAGUUUGAAUUGGAUAAACUCCUCUCUCAUUGAUAAUUGCACCACAUUGGGUGGCACUGAUACAACAGCACAAGUUCAUCCAUACAAGUUUACAAACUUUAUUUUAAGAAAGGCAGUAGAGUGUUCGCAGGGGGCAUUGGAAUUGAUUCUUGGAAAAGUUGAAGAGAUUACAUACUCAGAGGAAACAGGAACCGCAACCGGAGUCAUUUACCAACCUACUUCGGUGAAAGAUAGUGACAAGUAUCAAGACAAAUUGAUUGAGCUAGGUGCCGACCAAACAGUUUUAACAGUUGGCCCAUGGAUUUCAAAAAUAUUGCCUGAUUGCCCUAUAUCUGGUUUAAGAGCACAUUCCAUCACUAUAGCGCCAUUUAAAGACCAACCCGUUAGUCCAUAUGCUAUUUUCACAGAACUCAAGGUGGCUCGCAACUCUUACAUUUCACCCGAAAUUUACGCUAGACAGGAUGAAGUGUAUGUUUGUGGAGAAGGUGACAGUGCCGUUGAUGUGCCAGAAACAACUGACGAUGUCGAAGUUGUGAGGUCAAAAUGCGAUGAACUAUACAACCAAGUGAGUAAAAUUUCACCAAACUUGAAAAAAGGACAUAUAUUGAGAAGACAGGCGUGCUAUUUACCAGUUUUGGAUGUCCCAUCAUCAAGUGGACCUUUGAUUGGGGAAACUAAUGUAACCAACCUAUAUCUUGCUUCCGGCCAUUCAUGCUGGGGAAUAAAUAACGCCCCAGGUACAGGUAAGAUUAUGAGCGAAUUGUUGAUGGAUGGUAAAGUUAAGUCUGCUGACAUUUCAAGUUUAGAUCCAUCAUUCUACUUUGAUGCUAGUGUCAUUCUAGAGGACUAG